UCUCAUGUAUCGCGUCCGCCUUCUAUUAUGUUUUGUCGGUGAAAACAAACGAGUGCGACCCGGUGCUCUCAGAAAUCGUGUCGUUUUCCGUGCUUCAUUAAGUUGUCGGUUCGUCGGCCCUUUGUUUUGUGUUUCGUCGUCGCGAGCCAGCGCGAUCCGACCGUCAGCGUCGACGUGCCGUUCACCGUGACGCGUUAUUGUGCCGUGCGACGUACGUAUCCGCAGUCGACGUUCCGUUAAUUAAUUUUGUAUUUGAGCGCUAUCCGAUUUACAAUCGGAUGUGUUGGAGUUUGGCGUCCGCGUACCCAGACUGCCGAGUUCUCCCGGUCUUACCGCAGAACGCUCAAAUAACGGCGUCGUACCCUUUUAUUUGGUGUGCUUGUCAAACACCUUUAUUGUGGUCGUGAGUCUCCGUCGCGCUCCACGCACGCACGAAAUCUACGCACCGCCGUCUAGCACUCCAAUCGUCAUUAGGCAGCAGUGCUAUCAAUUUCCAUCAUCAUCGUCCGUGUCUCACCAGGUCGACCAGGUUGCAGUAGCACGUAGUAGUAUGUGUAUAAUGUGUACACGUAUUGUGUCGCAUGAAAAAUAAUUAAUUCGUCAUGCGGCGUCCAGUCCUAUAAUUAGGACAUGUUGUUCGCGGGUAUCGACUAUCGGACGUAAAACGUUGUGUUUUAAGGCGCCUAUCAACGGAGAAACGAUAACGAUAACGAAAAUAUAACACUGUAAACGGUCGAUCCGCAGCCGCAGCUCUCAAAAGUCGGAACCUCCUUGGCGGCCAUAAUAUGUGAACACUGCUUACAGUGUCUUUGCACCAAUCACGCGCGUGGUUGUUUGUUGUUCGCGCUCGGCAUUAAGGAUGGCGGUGAGGAGGAGGGCCCCCGUCGACGUGGACUCGGGAUAACGUGGUCCGCAGUGCUGCCAACGUUGAAUGGUUCGCACGUCGACGCCACGGUGUCGUGGGUCGCGGUGUUCGGCCGUCCGAUGGAGCGGGGGCGAUGGGACUGUGGCGGUCGGGCCUGACUGACAUUGAUAGCCAUCCCCCCAUUCCCGCCGUGGCCGCAGUCUGAGCAGGACCACCAUUUGCGUUUAUGGAGAUUAAUAAUCGUCCGUAUGUGAUAGCGUCAUUUAGUGUACACGGUUUAUCGUACCUAUUGCUCGUCGGCCACCCGCCAACGAUUGACAGCCAGCGUUCCGAAUAGUUUUCCGAAUUUUUUUCGGGCCGAAAACGAUUCUCUCAUCAGUUUCAUCCGCACGCCGAUAUAAUAGACGCCGCGAUGGACAGCAGCACCAACGGCGAGACGAAGGAGCCGCCGCCGCCAGCACAGACGACGUCGACGACAGCAGAGUUGACGACAACGACGACGAUGUCCACAACUAGCCUAACGACCACGAUCACGACGAAGAUGACUACGACGAGCCCGACGGAUAUCUAUCAGAUGUGCCGUCUGUGCCUAAACACGCUAAAGGUGGACGAAGGCGAAUCGGUGUUCAACAACCAGGUGCCCUCGUUGUCGGAGAAAAUCUACCGUGUAUUCGGGGUACAAAUUAGCGAUGCUGAAGAUUUGCCAAAUAAACUUUGUUCAAAAUGUUUGCAAAAUACUGAACAGUGUUACAGCCAUAGAGAAACAUACAAACGUCAAGAACGUGUUUUGUAUGACGUGAUUAAAAAAACAGCAAUUGAGGAAGUGUACAGUCGUCCUGUGGAUUCAAAUCACUCUUCAUCAUCUGGUGUAUCAUCUGAUCCUUGUUACAUUAAGGCCAAUAGUUCAGCUAAUAACAUGAAUAAUAGUUAUAAUUUUCCACCUUAUGAAACAUAUGCAUCUCUAGCUUCUCAUGUUAUUCAAAGGUGUGAUGAAAUGGCAGCAGAGGUUACAAUAGCUUAUGAUUCGGAAGAAACAGUUUCAGGAGAUGAAACAAUUUGUACUGACAACAAUUAUGAGUAUGUAACAUAUAAUGAUGACGAAAAUAUUAUUUUAGUUAGAACUGAACCAGACGACGAUUAUGAUAAAGAAUAUUUCAAUGGUUUGUAUAGCACUAAAAAUGACGAUGGAAAUGAAAACUAUGAACAACAAGAAGGACCAAAAGUUAUUGCUAAUGUACAAUUCCCAAUGGUAAAUGGUACAAUCGUUAAUGGUACCCAUAAAAUUGGCCAAAAGCCAUUUUCUUCAGUCAAUUGCAUUCCAACAUCCUGGGAUUCAAGUACGAGCAAAGACCGUCGUAAACAAAGUUAUCCAACUAGAGCAUUGGAAUUAAGCGGUUUCCAAACACAAGUUGCUGGUGAUAAUACUAAUUCAUCAGAUGAAGGAAAUGUUACAAUUAGGAAAACUAAAAAAAUCCGUGCCAAUUCCUCUGCUGUUAUAGUGAAGCCUGCUUAUGCAUGGCCUAAUUUACAAGACAAUGGCCAAACACAAAUAUUUCAAACAAAAAAUCCUGAUGGUACAACUUCUGAAUUACGUCCUCAAGUUAUGCAAGUUGGUGAAUGGGCCAACAAUCAGGAUCAAUCAAAUGCUCCUACAGAUCCGUCAGAUCGCAUGGGUAUGCUGUUAUUUGCUGCUACUCAUAUUCAAGAAUUAUCCACUGAGAGUGAUGACGAUGGAAAUGAAAACUAUGAACAACAAGAAGGACCAAAAGUUAUUGCUAAUGUACAAUUCCCAAUGGUAAAUGGUACAAUCGUUAAUGGUACCCAUAAAAUUGGCCAAAAGCCAUUUUCUUCAGUCAAUUGCAUUCCAAAAUCCUGGGAUUCAAGUACGAGCAAAGACCGUCGUAAACAAAGUUAUCCAACUAGAGCAUUGGAAUUAAGCGGUUUCCAAACACAAGUUGCUGGUGAUGAUACUAAUUCAUCAGAUGAAGGAAAUGUUACAAUUAGGAAAACUAAAAAAAUCCGUGCCAAUUCCUCUGCUGUUAUAGUGAAGCCUGCUUAUGCAUGGCCUAAUUUACAAGACAAUGGCCAAACACAAAUAUUUCAAACAAAAAAUCCUGAUGGUACAACUUCUGAAUUACGUCCUCAAGUUAUGCAAGUUGGUGAAUGGGCCAACAAUCAGGAUCAAUCAAAUGCUCCUACAGAUCCGUCAGAUCGCAUGGGUAUGCUGUUAUUUGCUGCUACUCAUAUUCAAGAAUUAUCCACUGAGAGUGAUAAUGGUCAGUCUCCUGGCACACUGAAGAGCGCUACUGUGGUACGUGGUAAAUUAGUAUCGUCAGAACAAAAGAGCAAGAUAUAUGAGACACAAGCCACAGAUGGUCAUCAAGUAAAACAGCAAGUUAAAGACAUAAAUGCUUCACCAAAUAUACCCAAAAAAUGUACUCCUAGGGAAUCAUCGAUUCAGAGAAUUUGCAGUCAUUGUGGAACUACAUGUUCAACAAUAUGGCGACGAAUAAAUGAAGACCCAGUAUGCAAUGCCUGUAGAUUAUACUAUAAACUACAUGGAAAAAUUAGACCAUUCACCAUGAGACGUAGCAUCAUACAUACUAGACAACGUAGAAAACAAUCAGACAACGAUAUGGACAUAUGAGCAUGAAUAAGAAGAAAAUCAAAAUUAAAAAACAGAAGACACUAAAUUAGAAGAAGAUUGCUAUGAAGUAGAACAACCACCAUCGCCCAACUCAGCAGCUGUUCAAACUAUAAUUGAAGAACCUGUUCAAGCAGAAACACUACUAAAUCUUGUCAGCAAAUAAUGAG